AUGUUAUUUUCAAUAGCAAAGAGAAAUAUUGAAGGUAGAUUAGGGAAAUUAAAAACUGUUUUUUCAUCAAAUAUAUAUGGUUCAAAAUAUUUAGCAACACAAAGCACGCAAAAUAUUGCAAGUAUUAGGAAUGUUUUUAAGCAGAAUGAACAGACAAGACGUUCUUUCUCUUCUAAAAUUGACCCAAAAUUAAAAGCAGCAGCUCUCAUUGAUUUAUUACCCAAAUCCUCUAUUUUAUCUAAAACAGGGAUGAUUACAAUGGGAACAAUGCUUUCUAUUGCAGCUAUUUCAAAUGAACUUUAUGUAGUGAAUGAAGAAACAGUUAUUCUAGCAAGUUUUAUUGGUAUUAUCUGGUUUUUAAUCAACUCGGGGAAGAAAAAUUACAUCAACUGGAUGGAUAAUCACAUUAAUCGUAUGCAUUCAUUGCUGAGCAAUUCAAGGCAAGAACAUGCAUCAGCAGUAAAAGAACGGAUUGAAACAAUCGAAGCAUUAAAGGAUGUUGUUGAUGUCACAAAAAAUCUUUUUGAAAUGUCUAAAGAAACCCUUCAUCUUGAGGCCAAAGAAUUUGAACUUUCUCAAAUAGUCAACGCUCAACAACAAGCCAAAGCCGUCCUUAACUCAUGGGUUCGUUAUGAAUCAGCCCUUCGUCAACGCGAACAAGCUUAUCUUGCAGAAACAAUCAUCUCAAAAGUUAAAAAAGAACUUCAACAGCCGAAAAUACAACAACAGAUACUCAACCAAAGUAUUACAGAGAUUGAAGGUUGUUAA